AUGGCUCAAAUAAUCCAUACUCCAACCUAUUCACACAUUGCAAUUCUUAUUUUUACAGCACUAACACUCCUCAUAGCUCCCAGCUUGAGUACAACCCUUCAAAAUGGAUUCAUCUUAGAGCUUAUCCACAGAUUCCCCAUCCACUCCCCCAGCUACUCUCCGAACGUCACCUUCGUCGAGAAGAUCGAACGUCUUGUCGAGAUCUCUGACAACCGAGUCGAAUGGAUUGAAUCCUCGUUGAGGGCCGACGGGAUGGAGAGUGGGUCGUUGAUGGGCAUUCGCCCGACAGUGACUCACGAUCGAGGGGUAUACAUGGCGAAGGUCGGAAUCGGGAAACCUCCCGCGAACGUCCAUCUCUUGCUCGACAGCGGUAGCAGCCUCGUCUGGACCCAAUGCGCUCCUUGUGUUCACUGCUUCCCGCAGGAUCCGCCCGUGUACAAUCCCGCCUUUUCAGAUACCUAUCGACCUCUUCCUUGUACCCACCCCUUCUGCGCCGGGCUCCCGUGCAUCAAUAACAUGUGCCGCUUCGUGUUGAGGUAUGAAGACAACACCUACACCAAAGGCAUUAUGGCCGCCGAGCAAUUCACAUUCGCGUCCAACGUCGGCGCGACGGAGUCCGUCGGAGCCGUCUUCGGCUGCUCGUCGGAGAGCAGCCCCAACAUGUUCCCGUCCACCCGGGCAGUCAGCGGCAUUCUCGGCGUCGGCGCCGGCCCCGCAUCCUUCCUCAGUCAGCUCGGCAGCCUCGCCCGCGGCCGCUUCUCCUACUGUCUGGUCCCCAUGGACCUCCCCUCCGCCGGCGCCGUCAGCUACCUCCGCUUCGGCGCCGACACCGAGCGCAUAAAGAACGGCCGGACCACGCCGAUGCUGCGGAGCUUCGACAGGACGCACUACUUCGUGGAGCUGCAGGACAUCAGCGUCGACGGCCGCCGGCUGCACCUGCCGCCCGGCACUUUCGCCCGCCGGCCCGACGGAACCGGCGGCUGCCUCCUGGAUUCUGGAACCAGCGCGACGUAUCUCACCGACAUCGCUUACACUGCAGUCUGUAAUACCGUCGACGCAUUUUUCGCGGGAAGGAAUUUUACGAGAGUUAGAGGUACGAGGCUGGGGUUGGAUUUGUGUUACCGCAUGAGGAGGGGUUUCGCGUUGUACCCUUCCGUGGAGUUUCAACUCAAAGGUUUAAAUUUGCGGCCAAGAUCUGCGAACGUGUUCUUGAUCAACAAGAAAUCGUCUUUUUUUUGUCUAUACAUGAAGAAGAAGAAGAGAAUGACGGUGCUCGGCUCUGCGCUGCAGCAAAACUACCGAGUCGUGUAUGACACAAGAAGAAAUAAAAUAACAUUUGCGGAGGAGAAUUGUGCAAAGGAUCAAAAGGGCACAACUUAA